AUGCGAGUGGAAGACUGCUGGGUUGGCACAAGAAAAAGUCCGGUCUACAUAGUGAAGCACGAUGGCUGCACAGCUGAAUCUGCUCUUUUGCACUCACCUUCGUACACCUCUUUUCUUCGUGCGGCUUCCAUCGGAUGGCUGUCGAUCCGGCAAGCAGGAGUAGAUGAACUGCUCGUCUCCUGCCGCAUAACGCUUUGCCAUGUUUGCGAUGAGAAUUGCCGCGAGUAUACGCCACCGCGUCGAUGUCGAGAUUCAGCUGAUCGAGAUUAUCAACGAAUGUGGAACGAGAGUGCAGCAGUUGAGCGGGCAUGUAAUCCUCCAGUAGAGACAACUACCGUAGAAAUGAUGAUAAUUCCGAAAAGUGCAUAUAGUCUACGUUUUCUAGCGUUUGUCUCAAUAGUUCUGUGUUCAUUCAUCAUUCCGAAUUUUCCUAAUUGUUGACG